AUGAAGGCCAUUUUGGCACUGCUGGCGUUCAGCUCAUCUUCACUAGCACUACAGGUCCCUCGCUACGCCACAAUUGCCUCGCGAGAUGCGGUUGCCGCGACUGACUAUGACUUCGUCAUUGCCGGCGGAGGCGUCUCGGGCCUUACCGUUGCCGAUCGGCUGACCGAAGACCCAAGCAGGAUAGUAACCGCAUCUCACGAAGUGCCCGUCACGUGCUGA